UGCCAGCACGUGCUUUGUUCUGCGGGUGGUGUACACAUGGGAAGUGGCCUUGUCCGGAGUGCAGGCAAGCCGUGACUUUCUUCUGGCUAAACAAGGGUGGCAAGUAUUCCUGCUUUGAUGAAGCUCGACAGUUCCUUGAGCAGAAUCAUGAAUACAGGAGUGAUGUAAAGAGCUUCAAAAAAGGCCGUGUUGUCCAUGCACCGAAGCCAAUUCCGAAGACCGGACAGGAAACCAAGGCCGAGUUAGACGCUCUCCAGCCUAACCCUGAUGGGAAUGGUUUCUUGGGAUAUGGGGAGACACACCAAUGGACCCACAAGCCGUGCUUCUGGAAGCUUCCUUACUUUGAGUUUCUCGAGCUCCCGCAUAACAUUGAUGUAAUGCACACCGAGAAGAAUAUCAGUGAAGCCAUUUGGAGCACCAUAGUGGACACUGAGAAGACGAAGGAUAACAUAAAGGCUCGAAUUGACCAAGAAAAGUUGUGCGAUAGGCCAGAGUUGAACAUGAAGCCACCUCAUGGUGCCAAAAAAACUUGGACUAAGCCACACGCUCCGUUCUGCCUCACAAAGGCCCAAAAAAGGGAGGUCUUCCAAUGGAUGAAGGACUCCUUGUUUUUCCCUGAUGGGUUCGCAGCCAACUGGAUGAGGGGUCUUAACAUUGAAACGUUGCGAGUACAAGGACUGAAGAGUCAUGACUACCACGUAUGGAUUGAGCGGAUAAUGCCGGUGAUGAUUCGAGGCUAUGUCCCUGAGAAGACUUGGCGAGUGCUAGCGAGGUUGAGUUAUUUCUUCCGCCAGAUUUGUGCUAGGGAGUUAGACACUAAAGUGAUUGAGAAGCUGGAUGAACAGGCACCUAUGUUGCUUUGCGAUCUAGAGAAGAUCUUUCCUCCAGCGUUCUUUAAUCCGAUGCAACAUAUGAUCCUCCACCUCGCGAAGGAAUGCUUAAAGGGGGGGCCGAAUUGGGGCCGUUGGCAGUUUGGUCCCGAGAGAGAAACACAAAAGCUUCGUCAGAUGACUGGCAAUAAAUGCAAGAUCGAAGCAUCCAUAGCCGAGGCAGUCCUGAACGUGGAGGUGGCAAACUUCACCACUAAGCACUAUGAUCCCAACAUUCCCACAAAGCACAACCCGGUCCUCCGUUACAAUGCCGCCAACAAUGAAGAUGUACCCAAGCUUAGCAUCUUCAUAGGGCUUGGCGGCAAGUCAAGUGGCUCGAAGCCGUACACAACGAAUUUACAUGAGCGGGAGUUGAUCCACUCAUAUGUCUUGAACACCAUGGUGGAAGUGAAGCCGUACAUCAAACAAUUCACGGCUAAAUAUUGGAGGUAUACCCACAGGGAUCCUACCUCGGAAGAAUCCAAGGAUAUUUUCGAUAAGGGCGGCGGUCACGGUUUCAGUAGCUGGUUCUGUGGUUUGGCAAGAACUGACAAAGACAUGAAUCCCUUGCUACGAAAAAUUGCUAGGGGCUUCAACCAUUCCGUCGACUCGUUCAAUUCUUAUGACGUGAACGGGUAUCGCUUCCAGACCCAUCAAUACACAACAAGCCGUCCAAACAAGAAGACAAUAAAUAGCGGGGUGGUAUGUCAAGGUGAUGAUGGACUCCAUUACUAUGGAAGAGUCGAGGGUAUAUACGAGCUGAAUUACGGGUUUGACAAAGGGCUAAAUCCCGUCGUAUUCAAAUGCCAUUGGUUCGACCCACGUCGCGUGAGACGGGAUCCUGAAAUUGGAUUGGUCGAAGUUGAAAGAAGCUCUGUUUAUAAGGGAGAGGACGUGUACAUUUUGGCCACCCAAGCCUUCCAAGUAUUCUAUCUCCCGUACGCGUGCCGAAACCCGACCAAACGUCUACAUGGAUGGGAUGUUGUGAUGACGGUUCCUUCACGCAUUAGGCCACCCCCGCCAAACAAGGACGAUUACCGCCACGAGACCCCUCAACAAGGACUGUUGAUUUUUAUCAAGAAGAAGGGCUCCCCGGUCAUUUCACUAUCGACUUGUCGGCCGUUGUUGAUAACAUGGUCAUAG